AAAACGUCAGUUCCGCUUGCAGUGUAUUAAUUUGUGUAAAAUUAUUUAUUAAUUUCAUUAUCAUUAUACGUAAUUAUAUUAUUGAUUAUUUUUAAAAACAGUGUUAUUGUGAAUGAGUUUAUUUAGUAUGAUAUUUAUUUUAUAAAAAUAUAUGGUUUAUAAAAUACGGGCGGAACACCCAGUGACUUUUACGAGAGGCCAUUGUGGCAAGUUUCGAUGUCGUAUACACAUUGUUGUUUUUAUUUUAAUUUAUUAUUUACUCAAGUCAAACAUAAUUCUCAAAGUUAUCUGUGAAUUUAUGAAAAAGCUCAAAAGCUCAAAAGUGUUUUUUUGUAAAUUAAAUAUCUAAGUAGUUACUGAUUUUGUUUUUACUUUUUUUUUUAAUGAAAAAUUAAUCUCAGUUAAUCGAGAUGACACGAGAACUGUAUAGACUGGCCGGCGGUCUUUUAAUAAGAUCGUUUGAGUCAUUGUGCGCAUAUAAAAAUCGAGCAUUUGACGCAAAUAAAAUCAAUAUACAUUAACGAUAUGCCAAGCGUUGUAGAUUAAACGUAAAGGCAUCAUAAUAAAAUUAAUUAAUGAAAAUUCAAAACUAUAUAUAUAAUAAAUUAAAUUGAAAUAGAAAAAAAUUUUAUAGUUAAUUUAUAUAUAAAUAAUUAAAAUAAAUAGCUAAUUAUAAAGUUUAAAAAAAGCUUUAAAAUAAUAUUAAAAGUAACUCUAUUAUAAUUGAAUUUUAAAAAAAUUAUAAUAAUUGAUUUAAAGUGGUCAAAAAUUUAAAUAACAAGAGACGAAAACGUCAACAAAUUGAAGAUAUUCAACGAUUGAUACAAAUGUAAUUAAUUAAUAAAAAAAAAACACGAUAAUCAGUGAGCAAAUUUGAUUGCUAAAAAUAAUCAUCUGUAAAUAUUAAAAAUAAAAAUAAAGCAAGAUGGCUGAAAGCGCGGAAAUACCGGCAGUUAUUAUUGCGGAAAGUAGUCCACAACAACAAACAUCACCGGCAACAACAGUUAUAGGAUCAGCAUCACAAGCAACAGUAGCACCAGUUGUUACAACUCAACAACAACAACAACAACAAAAUUCAACGUCAAACAUAGCAACUCAACAACCACCGGAUAUAAGCAGUUCACAAGUUGCAUCACCGCCAAUCACAGGAACAGCCCAGAUCGAGAUAAUUCCGUGCAAGGUUUGCGGCGAUAAAAGCAGUGGUGUUCACUAUGGUGUUAUAACAUGCGAGGGUUGUAAAGGAUUUUUUAGAAGAUCACAAUCAUCUGUUGUCAACUAUCAAUGUCCGAGAAAUAAAAAUUGUGUUGUUGAUCGUGUCAAUAGAAAUCGGUGUCAAUAUUGCCGGCUUCAAAAGUGCCUACGACUCGGCAUGUCCCGAGAUGCUGUUAAAUUUGGACGUAUGUCAAAAAAACAAAGAGAAAAAGUUGAAGAUGAGGUGAGAUUUCACAGAGCGCAAAUGAGAGCGGCAUCUGAAACUGCACCGGAUAGCAGUGUAUUUGAACAUCAAACACCAAGUAGUUCAGAUCAACAUCAUUCAUACAACGGCGGCUACACAUAUGGUGGAAGUGAAUAUGCAUCACCAGGACAAGGAACAGGUGGAUCUGGCUACUACAAUCAUCAGGCAAUGACGAAUUAUGAAUUGAGUGCUGAUUAUGUUGACAGUACGACGGCAUAUGAUCCAAGACCGACCCAAACACAAGUUGAUCCAUUAACACCUGAUACACCCUCAGUCACAGCAACUGGUGUAAUACCCAGUGUUGUUAAUACAGGAAAACCACUUUCCGCAUCGACAACCGGAAGCGGUACGGGUAGUGGAGGUGGUAACUCAGGUGGUAGUGGUGGUGGUGGUGGUGAUGGGGUUGAGGGUGUAAGUGGUGCUGGCAAUAAUGUUAGUAACAAUAAUGGGGGUAGCAAUGGAAAUGGGAACAACUGUGGUGGUAAUGGUGGUACAACAAAUAGUGGUACAUUAAGUGGUGGUGGAAUUGUUGCUGUUAAACAAGAAGCAUCUGUAGAUCUUGCAAGUCUAGGUCAUGGCUCAUACACGAUGGUUGAUUCAACGACAUUCAUCAGUGGCCAACAACAAAGGGUCAAUAAUACACCAGAAGAUGAUGAAGUUCCCAAUCUACCCAAUCCGGCACAAAUCAGCGAGCUGCUGUCAAAAACGAUAGCAGAUGCUCAUGCGAGAACGUGCCUUGUAUCAGCUGAUAUUAUUCAAGAAUCAUUUCGUAAACCUCAAGAUUUAACUAAAUUGAUAUAUUACAAAAAUAUGGCACAUGAACAAUUAUGGCUUGAAUGUGCACAAAAAUUAACGACAGUUAUACAACAAAUUAUUGAAUUUGCAAAAAUGGUACCAGGUUUUAUGAAACUAUCACAAGAUGAUCAGAUUGUUCUUCUCAAAGCUGGUUCUUUUGAGUUGGCUGUGCUACGUAUGAGUAGGUACCUUGAUCUUCAACAAAACUGUGUUCUUUAUGGUGACACAAUGUUACCACAAAAUGCCUUUUUCACAUCAGACACAGCUGAAAUGAAACUUGUAUCUUGUGUAUUUGAAAUUGCAAGAAGUGUAGCUGAGCUUAAACUCACAGAAACUGAACUUGCUCUUUAUAGUGCAGCUGUUCUUUUAAGUCCAGAUCGACCUGGACUAAGAGGACAAUCAGAAAUAACAAGGUUAUCACAAGCAGUAAUAAGAGCCUUAAGAUCAGAACUUGAUCGUAAUCAUAUAUUACCAAUAAAAGGUGAUGUUACUGUUUGUGAUGCUUUAUUAGCAAAAUUACCACAACUACGUGAAAUAUCACUUUUACAUAUGGAUGCACUUGCUAAAUUCAAAAGAUCACAACCACAUCUUGAAUUUCCAGCACUUCACAAAGAGCUAUUCAGUGUAGACAGCUGAAUAAUCGAUGUUGUGCAGGGUAACCCAUCAACAAUACUAACAAACGAUGUAGAGUAAUAUUGGGGUCCUUGCUUUGUCAAGAUUAUUUCCUUCGUAUUGAACAUAUUGGGCCUUACAUAAACAUAACAUUGUUACAUAUAAAAGUAUACAUAAAAAUGCAACAUAAAGUAUAAAAAAAAAUAAAUAUAUUAUAUAAUUUAAAAAUACAUGUAAACAUAAUACAUACAUAUAUAUAAUUAUUAAAAUAGUAUAUAUAUGUAUGUAUUAAAAAUAUAGUUAUAAAAAUAGGUGAACUAUCGGUUGUUACUAUACAUACAUAAAUACUAUAUAUUAUUCACUAAUAAUGGUUGAAAAUAUCGUCAUGGCUAUCCUGAGACAAUGUUAAAUAGUUAAAUAUAUAUUAAAAUUAUUAAAAAUAAUAAACAAUUAAUGAAUGAAUUAAAAUAACGAUUGGAAAAAUGUGUAAUAUCAACAAAGGAAUAAAACAAAAAAUUCGAUUGAUUGAAUAAUUGUUGUAUAAUAAAUUUUGGCGUAUUGUUUUUUAAUAAAAACAAUAAACAAUAAAACAAAAUGUGAAAAAAUAAAUCGUUAUAAUGUUGAGGCUGAAGCACUAUGUGCAAUUUAUGAAUUAAACUUGGAAUCGUUGUUUGGAAUUUUUUUUUUUUUAUUCAAAAAAUUCAAUUCGAAAAAAAAACGUUCACCGUUUUGGAUUAUUAUUAUUAAUUUUAUUUUUAUUAUUAAUAUUAUUAUUAAUGUUGUACUGUUCUUAUAUACAUUAUUAUUAUUAAUUAAUUAUUAUUAUUAUAUAUUAUGGGAUUUUUUUUUUGUCAUUGUCUGAGGACUGCCUUGAACGACACAAAAAACACACACACUCACACAUGUAGUUAGAAUUAAUUGAGAUGAAUUAAAAAUUGAUUAACGUUUCGGUUAAAGCACAUUGUUGACGUGCUUCUCAAAUACGUAAAUAUUACUUCCCCAUUGUGGCCACGACGAUGUAGUAAAAAAAAAUGUGUCGAUGUUGUUUGUUUUGUUGUCAAUUUGUUUGGUUUUUUUUUUUCUAAUCAAGAAUUGUUUUUUUAUUGGGAUAAAGAAAAGAAGAAAAUAGUGGAAAGAUAAAAAAGAAAAUUGGUUAAAAUUAUAUUGAAGCUUUUUUGGAAAUUUAUCUUUGUUUUAUUUUGUCUUUUUUUUUUCAAGAUUGUAUAGAUUAUCGAGGCUAUAAAAAGCUUAAGAAAAAAAUGAAAAAAAAAAUAUAUAUAUAGCAUAUUUAUGAAUUGUGAUGAUAGAAUCGUUAUUAAUUAGAGAAUUUUUAUUGUAAGUGUGGUGUGUGGAGUCGUCAAGUAUAGGUACAAAAAAAAAAAAUAAUGAAAUAAUAAAUUGUUUUUAUUAUUAUUUUGUUAAUUUAAUUUUUUUAAUUUUUUCCAACCGAGACAUUAAUUUCGAUUUUCGACGCAUAUUACUUGUUUGAAAAAAAAAAAAAAAUACUGGCCAAGAUGUAUUAAAAGAUGAUUUGAAAAAU